GUGUUCCAGGCCCCGGGCUGCGGCUCGCACCCAGACCUCACUGACUCGCAGGGCGAGGCCGCUUCGUCCGUGAUGUCACAGGCCCUUAGUCUGGUCCCUGUCCGAGGAGCCCGGGCCCCCGCGCCCGCGAAGUGCGCCCUCGGCCGUGCUCUUCCAGGGAACUGACCGGACGGGCCUCGGAACCUCAUACUUUUCCUUUAGAGAAGCCGCCAGCCCACAUCCCAAAGUUAGGACGGGAAAACGAAGUCGGUGUUCACUCGGAUAAUUACGAUAAAGCCCGGUUUUAAGAAACGAGUGACAAAAGGGUGGACCGAAGAGAGGAGAGACUCGUACUCAAGAUGUGGGGCGUUCUUUUCAGGCGCUUCCCCUUGAGCCCAUGGUACUGUGUGGACAAGGGUAGAAAACCGGUCGGCAAGGAGUUCGGUUCAGCUCCGAAACCGAGCAGGCGCAGGCCCUCGUAAAGGCCGCAUAAAGUGGAUUCGCACUAAGUGGUGCUGGGAGGCGUCCGAGUGAAAGCUCCCGGCGGAGCGCGACGCUUAAAGCCUCGAGCCGUUGGCGCGGCCGGCAGGACCGAGUUACACUCGGAACGUAGUUUCCGCAAGCGCAGUUUUCCCGCCGGAGUCGGACCGGGCGGCAGCCUCCCCUCCUGCGCAGGCGCAGAGCCUCAUCAGAGCAUGGAAGUGGUGGGGCUGUUGUGCUUGGCGGCGGCAGUCCUGGCAUGGGGAUUCGUCCGGGUCUGGGACCUCUGGGAGCGAAGGAAGAGCCAGGAGCAGGCUGGCCUGCUGGGAGGCGGAACCCGGAGCCUCUUGGUGAUCGCGCACCCCGACGAUGAGGCUAUGUUCUUUGCUCCCACUAUUCUAGGCUUGGCCCGCCUGAGGCACCGGGUGUCCCUGCUCUGCUUCUCUGCAGGAAAUUACUACAAUCAAGGGGAGAUUCGUAAGAAAGAACUUCUGCAGAGCUGUGAAGUCUUGGGGAUUCCACCCUCCAGUGUAAUGAUUAUUGACCACAGGGACUUCCCCGAUGACCCGGGCGUGCAGUGGGACACACAGCGGGUGGCCGACGUCGUCCUCCAGCAUGUAGAGGACAACGGCAUAAACCUGGUGGUGACUUUCGAUGCCGGGGGAGUGAGCGGCCACCGCAACCAUGCUGCUCUGUACGCAGCCGUGAGGUCCCUGCACGCAGAAGGGAGGUUACCUAAAGGGUGCUCCGUGCUCACGCUCCAGUCAGUGAGCCUGCUGCGCAAGUACCUGUCCCUGCUGGACCUGCCCUGCUGCCUGCUGCGCGCCCCGCACGUCCUCUUCGUGCUCAGCCGCGGAGAGGCGGCCCAGGCCCAGAGAGCCAUGUCCCGCCACCGCAGCCAGCUGCUCUGGUUCCGCCGCCUCUACGUGCUCUUCUCCCGCUACAUGCGAAUCAACUCUCUGCACUUCCUCUGAGCCUCCAAGGGCUCUCAGAUCCCGGGACCCAGGAGGGAGCUGGGGCCUCGGUGGGAGCUGGCUCACCCCGCUGCCUGGAGACCCCGGCGAGGCGGUACGUCCUGAGCUGGCGGCCGCGCUGGUCCCCCUCUCGUAAAAACGA